AUGCGCGCCGAUGUUUGCAGUCUCGCCACAGGGGAGCUGCUAGUGCAACUACUACUGGAGGAGAUUCAGGUGCCCCUUCAGCCCAUUCCAAUAGUGGGGGACCAUGGUGUUCUGAUGUUCCCAAAGGAUGAUGACGUGCGCAUGGAGCUGGCACGGAUGUCGCGUGAGCGAACCAACAUGGAGUUGGGAGGGUUCGUGUUGGCCUCAGCGGUCACGAGCAUCGCAAAGGCACUGGGGUAUGACUUACCAGAGCUCCGGGCCGCGUGCGCGCAUGAGCUGAGCACAUGUGGGACGCCUCUUCUCCGUCGGUUGUCAGAGGCAAAGAACUCGGCGGAGCGAUCGGGCGCACAGCAGACACUGGCCGAGAUGUUGCACGAGACACCAGAGCCACUACGUCCUGUCCCCGCGAUAUGGGCUCGCCGACAGCAGGAAGACACCGGCGCAACUCGCAAGGCGCGCAGUGACAGCGAUGAGACGCAGGGUCCGAACACCCACGAUACCUCACCAGACAAGUGUCGAGGCGGAGGGACGAGAAAGCCACGAUCUGCAGCGGCUAAGGCAACGGCGUCUGCUGGCUCCGGAGAGAAAAAGAGGGGUGGCACGAGCGAGUACACGGGAGUCUGGUUCGAAAAACACGUCGGGAAGUGGUGCACGAAGUUUACGGCCGAUCCGAGUACAGGCCGUCAGGUUCGGCUGGGCGCAUACCAGAGGGAAGAGGACGCGGCGUACGCGUACGCCGCUGGCGCAUUCGUGAUACGGAGGAAGGACACCUUUCCCAAGGUCAUGGAGCUGACCGCGGCCGAGAUGACGGCGCUGGAGGGGUGCAUUGAGGAUGAUGUGCGUCACCUCGUGCACAAACGGCAGUGGUAUCGGUGGAGGGAAUGGCGUAAGGCAAUGGAUGACAUAGGGAUCAAGCCUGGAACACCAUUUCAGCCGGAGAAGGGUGGCAAGUCGAACCCACAGGCGCGACGCCUGUGCACUAGUGUGGAUGCACCAGGGGGGGGUGCGGAGGGGGACGGGGAGAGCGUAGAAGUGUCCACUGGGGAAGGGGUGGAUGGUGAAGCACCCAAUCAACCCGACGCACGUGAGGGAGAGAGCUCAUCGUCGCGUGGUACGGUCGCCAAGAAUAGGCGGAAGGAGGGCCCUUCGUCGUCUGUAGGGAAUGGGCGUUCGGCGAGGAACGAGAAGCGUCGCAAGGUAUCGGACCUGCCUGAAACGGAGGAAGAGACCGAAGCGCCGCCGGAGGAACCGGAGCCCGAGUCGUCUGACGACAACCCGAACGAGGCGCUUCCGCGUGUCAAUGCUGCCGCAGACGACGACGUGGAUCAGACUAAUGAGGAACGCUCCGACUCGGCCCCUGUUACCAGGGAGGAGUUUGACGUUAUGUGCAAAACGCAGAAGGACACGUCUGCGACACUUGCGAGGCUCGAGACGGCGCUGCUUGCGUCGCUUGCCAACCACACCGCAAAGAAACGCAAGCGGGACAACGCGCGCGGGGUGUUUGAUAGGGCGCCGAAUGCAAGGAAGGCCCGUCGCGUCGCAACGCCAGAGGAGUCCGACCUGGACGAGGACGAGGUGGAGGAGGAGCACUGGCAGCACAUGCGAUCCGGACUGACGUGUGCUGUGCCGGUAUCGAUCGCAGACGUGUUCGCUAUAUCCAAGUGGAGCGCGGACCGGCGCGGCAUGCCUUUUGCGUCCGGUGCGUUCGCGGCCUGUGCCCGUGCGGCGUUCAAGCCGCGGAUGAUCAACGGCACGGUGACGCUGAAGCUGUACCACAUGGCCUGGCUCGAGCACGUGGUGACCGAUGCCAUCCGCUUCUGGGAGACCCGCAAGGGCAGGCUGUCCAACUCUGCGGGUGUCAACGCGCAGAUCGUGGACGGCCUCCGCGAGUGUGCCCUGACGGACGUCAUGGCGGCUGUCGAUGAGUUCCAGCCCGCGUACGACGCAACAACUUCCUCCUGGGCUUGGGGCCGCCAUGGCCUGCGCCUUUCUUCGUGCGGCAUCGAGCGCCUGGCGACGGCAGCGCCAGCAGCCAGCGAGAGCGGGAGGGAGGGGGACAAUCUCUCUCUGAACUGA